UUUUUUUAAAUUUUAUUUAUUUUAUGUACACUGUAGCUGUCUUCAGACACACCAGAAGAGGGCAUCAGACUCAACACAGAUGGUUGUGAGCCACCAUGUGGUUGCUGGGAAUUGAACUCAGGACCUCUGGAAGAGCAGUCAGUGCUCUUAACCGCUGAGCCAUCUCUCCAGCCCCCAAGGUUUGAAAUUCUUGCUCUUAGAGCAACUUGCUUACUAGUAGGUCAAUCCAUCGUUGUCAAGUACAUCUAGAGUUAAUCAGCUUUGGCUAGUUUUCAACUAAAUAUAUUUUCUAGCUCACCCACCUACAUGCCUGUCUCUAACACUACUACCAUUGUCCUGUCUCAGAGCUGGAAAUGAGACUCACUUGGUAGGUUGCUUGUUUAGUAUGCACAAGAUCCUAUGUUCCAUCCCCUGCAGUGUGCAUAAACCUUCUGUCAUGGUGCACAGCUGUCAUCAAACUUGGGAGGUGGAGGCAGAAGGACCCAACAUUGAGAAGUGAGCCAUCCCAAUUCUGGACUGAAUCCUCCUGCCUCUUUGUAGUCUUCUUAAUUUUAUGUGUAUAGGUAAUAUUGCAGCAUGUAUGUCUAUGCGUGCCUGGUGCCCUUGGAGGACAGAAGAGGGCAUCGGAUCCCCUGAAUCUGGAGUUAUAGGCAGUUGUGAGCCACCAUGUGGGUGCUGAAAAAUGAACCCGAAUUCUCUGACAGAGCAGCCAGUGCUCUUAACUGCGGAACCAUCUCUCCAGUCCUCUGUCCUUUCGUGAUUCCUACCCUAACAUGGAUGGUCUCACACAAACGCCUUUCUCCCUGAGCCUCAACCAGAGGCUUACCUAUCAUAAACUCUGUCCCCUUUCCAGGCUGGAUCGCAGAAUUCCUGGUGUCCUGAACUAGAAGAGACUUGGACCUGUCCAAGUUUGUCCAUUUUCAGGCCCUACAUCACAGAAGGCCAAUCGUGUUCCUUUCUCCUCUACCGCCUCCCCUCCCUCGGGUUUUCCCAGGCUGGUGCUUCUGCUCUAGACCGUCGCAGCUGAUGACGCGAUCGAUGAGCGACGUAGGAAGGUCACACGGGCUUUUCCAACAUGGCGGCCGCAGCUCUGCGGGGCGGCUGGUGCCGCUGUCCGCGGAGGUGCCUAGGCAGCGGAAUACAAUUUCUCUCCAGUCACAACCUACCCCGUGGUGGUUCAAGCUACCAGAUAAGCCGGCCAGGAGGAGAGCUGACGCUGACUAAAUCUUAUUCUUCUGGGAGCAGAAAAGGGUUUUUGUCAGGCUUGCUAGAUAACAUCAAACAAGAAUUAGCCAAAAACAAAGAGAUGAAAGAAAGUAUAAAGAAGUUCCGAGAUGAGGCCAAGAAACUAGAAGAGUCGGAUGCCCUUCAGGAAGCCAGAAGAAAAUAUAAAACCAUCGAAUCAGAAACUGUGCGAACUAGUGAAGCAAUAAAGAAGAAGCUCGGAGAAUUGACAGGCACAGUGAAGGAGAGUCUUGAUGAAGUCAGUAAGAGUGACCUUGGCCGCAAGAUCAAGGAAGGAGUAGAAGAGGCUGCCAGGACAGCCAAGCAGUCAGCAGAGUCAGUGUCCAAGGGCGGGGAGAAGCUGGGCAAGACGGCGGCCUUCAAAGCCAUCUCCCAGGGUGUAGAGUCGGUGAAGAAGGAGAUUGAUGAGAGCGUGCUCGGACACACAGGGACAUACCGCCGGCCUGAGCGGCUCCGGAAAAGGACAGAGUUUGCUGGAGCAAAGUUCAAAGAAAGCAAAGUGUUCGAGGCUAAUGAGGAAGCAUUAGGGGUUGUGCUACACAAGGACUCCAAGUGGUACCAGCAGUGGAAGGACUUCAAAGAUAACAAUGUUGUAUUCAACCGUAGGUGGAUAGAUGAUCCACAUUCUGAAGUGUGGGCAGGCUCAGGCCCACAGAUGGCUUGCCUAGAACUGACCCGUGUCAAGAAGAGGAGUCUUGCAGGGAGUUCUCAGAACUGGAGUCAGGGUAUUUCGUCAGAAGGCCCCUUCCUCUAGCUCCUGUAUGUAU